AUGCACGAUACAACUGUUAACUAGAGUACAAUUUCAUCAGAAUUUACCUUGAAACGCGGUAACAUUUGUUUAUAAAUUCUUGCGCAGCCAGCCCACUGAGCUAAAGUACAGAAGUUAGGCAGAAAGAAGCAUAUGGAUCUGAAAUUAGGAAGAGAAAAGUUGAGGGAUAUUUCAACAAUCCUAUUUGACCUCGAUAAUACUCUGAUUGACACAAGGGGUAUUGCCUUACGUGCUUGCAAAGAGGUAAGUAGAUAUCUAUAUGAGAAUGGAAUGCGGGACAUUGCAGCUGAAAUGUCCACAAAGAAGUUCUUUGAACACCUUUGUAAAAUGCCUGAAGAUCCAGGGCCUACACAGAUGGAUGUUGAUCAGUGGAGAACAUUACUGUGGGUACAAGCAUUAGGUCCAAAGUACCAGUUCUUUGCACGAGACGCAUAUGAUAUUUUUAAAGCUAAAACAAUGAGCAAUUUUAAACUCUCUAGGGAUGUGGAAAGUAUGUUACUAGACCUAAAGAAGCACUACAAAUUAGGGCUGAUUACAAAUGGAUCAUCUGAAGCACAGUGGGCAAAAGUGGAAAGUAUAGAUGGCAAGCAGUACUUUGAUGUCAUUCUUGUUGGAGGUGAUUACAACCAGGGAAAGCCUCAUGCUACCAUAUUUGAGAAAGCAUUUCAAGUAUUAGAUGUCUCACCUAAAGAUUGCAUUAUGGUAGGUGAUAAUAUAUGGUCGGAUAUCUAUGGAGGGAUUCAAGCUGGAGUGAUGGCUACAGUAUGGAUUGUGCGUAAUGAGGAUGGAUACCAGGACCUAGACUAUCAGCCGGACUACAAACUCAGGAAUGUCUGUGAACUUCUAGACUUACUUCCAGCUCAAGGUAGAUUCUCUGGGCUGUGUGCAAAGAGAGCAUUUGAAUUCUAUUCAUCAGUAUACAGCAGUUAAAGCCAAUUUUUGUAACAUUGACAAAAGUUUUUUACUGAACAAUCGUAAUAAUUGCAACAAACUGAAGUGCUUUAUAUCAAGUUAACAGUAAAGUUGACUUUUUAAAUACUGACCUGCAUAUAGAAUACUCAAAUACUUUUUUUUAACAAAAUUUUUUACAACCUUUGACAUAAAGUUACUGAAAGGUGUUUAAAUAAGAAAACUUAUUCAGUAUUACUGAUGGAGCAGCAAGGUGUAAUACUAUUUUUAUUAUUAUUUCAAUUCCUUAAGUUUUAGUUACCAGUCUUUGUGCAAACUAAUUUAGUACUAUUCCAAAGUACUUUUAUUUAUAAUGCAUUGGAUGUACAAGCUUCUUGCAUCUAAAAUCUAUGAUCCUCUGGUAAUCAGUCUAUAUACAGGUUAAAUAUACUUUGAGUAGAAAAUGAUAAAAAUAUUAGGAGUCUGGCUGAAAUUACUACCCCAGUGUUUUAAAUUGUUUUAUAUUUACUUCAGAGUAUUAUGCAAGAUGUUUAUUUGUAACUCAUAUUUGCAUAUACAAGUUAUUUUAAGUAUACUACUCACAAUAUGACAGUGAUUUCAAGUGCAAGAGAACUUUUGUUCACUGGUGAUUUUAUUUGAAUAUUACAAAUGAGUCCUAUUUUUAGAUAAUGUUUUGGAUAAUUGAAAAAGAUUGUCUGAAAUAGAACUAAUGCAAUUUUUAGUUCAGUAUGUAUUGGGUUUAUAACAUUUUUUAACUUUCUUAUAAUUACUAUUUUAUGUGAUAAACUUAGAAAAUGCUUUUCUCAUGAUGUUAAUGGCUCUAUUUAUAGAGAUUUCUUUUAGAAAUCAUAACCAUGAGAUGAACUUAGAUGAAGCUGAGAUACUACAAGAAACUUUUUUAGUUAUUUAUAUAGUUGGGCAGGUAAGAAUAUCAAAGUUGAAGAGUUGUUUUUCAGUUUAUUGACACUGCCAUUUUUUGGCCACUUGUGCUUGUGUAUCAUUAUAUAUACAUAGAAAACUGAUUAGUUGUUUCCCAUAUGUAUGUAUGCAUGUAUACUUCAGGUGAAACACGUGGUAAGAAGUUCCUAGAAUUUAAAUCUUUUUUUGUAUGUCAUGAUAGUAUUUUUAAACAUAUUUUAGUAAUUUUCAAAAUAUGUUAAGAAGCAUUUAUCUGUGUUAUUAGUAGUUAUUAUUGUAUUUAUGUAUGCUAACCAUACCCCUGUUUUGUAUUAAUUACACAUUGUUUUCUCAAAUAAGUGAACUUGCUUUUUUUUUAUUUUUUUUAUAAAACAUGUAGGAUAAGCAAAGUUUUAUAUAUCAAAAGCAGUUUGUUAUUUAAGAUGUACAAAGCCCAAUUUUUAUGAUCACUAGCCACUUGCAUGUUGGUCUGCAAGUCUAACAAGCAUUUACACAUACUUCAUUUCUACUGUAUCUCACAUAAAACAUGAGCUAUAAAGUUCAUCCCAGGGUAAAAUGUUGUUUGAGAGGUUAACAGAUUUUGUUUUUGAAAAUAUGAUGAUGUAUCUGUGGUGUAAUGAUAAAGUGCUUGUGUGUACUUUGCCUUCUUAUUAGUUUUGAUACAAAAAACAAACAGAUAAGGUCAUAAUUACUGUUCAGUAUUGUCUUUAAUAUAAUUAGAUAGAUGGACAUGGAUCAUCAGAGACAAGCAUAUUAUUAGUAAUAAAUUAUAUAUUUAACAAUGUAGCAAGUUUUAUAACUUGCUUUGUAUAGAUCUUAAUAUUGUUUUACCUAGUUUAGUUUUAAAACAUUAGGUAUUGUACUAGAUAACUAGUACUGUAGUAUUACUAUAAUUGCUAGAAAUUACAAUGUAGGUAUUUCUCAAAACAAUUAUAUACUACCAUAAAUCUUUGAAAAUGAGCACAUGCUAUAUUCAGUUUUAGUGAGUGAGUUAAUGGCUAACAAUGUAUGAAAACCUAGUUUUUUCAGUAAUGUCUUACGAUGUUGUCAAUGAAAAACCUGGUGUAAUUAUUAGCAUUUAUAACAUUAGUUGUUCAUGACAACCCAGUGUUAUCAGUGUCUUCCUAUUUUAACUAUAUAUAUUUGAUGUAAGUGCUACAUCACAAACAUUAUUGUUUGUAUUUUGUAUGAUAUGAAAGCCUUAUUUAUUUCUAAUAUAUUAAAGGUGAUUUAUUUUAUGUUCCCACUCUUUAAAGUUGCAUGUUAUGGAAGAACUUAUAACUUUUUCAUAAAGAAUUGCUUGUAGUUUAUAAAUAUGUCUGAACUCUUAUGUCCAUUUUCAACCUUAUGAAUCACCACUUGGUAACCCUGACACAGGAAAGUGACCUCAUAACACAUCAUAGUACUUUGUAUAGAAGUAGACUAUGCCUGUAAUUAUUAAGGCAGUUUGAAUGCAUUCCCUUUACAAUUUUCUGGUAUCUUAUUUAUACCUUGCUUAUUUGUCAUAUAGAACGUACUCCUUUGGUGAUGCCUUAAUUUGCUGUACAGGUAUAUUUGAAAAUUUAAUAACUGUGUUUAAUAUUUUAGAUUUGGCUAGUUUUCUGUAUUUUCACACUUUAAAUGCUUUUUUAUAUUUGCUAAAAAGUAUGUUAAUAUAUCCCUUUCACCAAACAUUCAAUUUCUACUUUUGUUCUGUGCAACACUUGGUGUAGAUCAAGGUUUCUGUAUACACUGUACCUGUACCACUAAACUAAUUACAACCUUCAUGUUUGAUAAGAUAUUGAAAGUUCACUUGCAUAUUUAUGGCAGAAUUGUUCACAUAAAAGUGAACUCUUUACGUGUAUAAAUUUAAUUAUUAUGGCUAUUUUUUUCAUUUAAGUUUUUCAUUAUGACAAGAUACUUUAU